CUCGACUUCACUGACAUCGCCCUCUUGUCCGUCUCCUCCUUCUGCGCCCAAACUUCUCGCCAAAUACGAAUCUUCAUGAGUGCAGGACGAACGAAGAAAUGAUAGUCUCAUCUAUUUCAGGUGUGGCCGCUCUGACAUCAACACCGUGUCAUCCCCCCUUCGUUGCAAAAUAAAAGGUCGAACCUUUGCGUAACGAUGCCAGACUGCCCUUCUAAUACACCUUCACAUUGUUCUAACAUCAUCAUGUCUACUAGUCUCAUCGAGCAGAUCCCCACAUCCUUCGCCACCUGCUCGAUUGGGUACGCCCCCUCUCAUACCCUCCCCAAGAAGCUCGACGCUAUACAUCAGGCGGGGUUCCAAGCUAUUGAACUCUCCUUCCCCGACUUGCAGGGCUUCGCAAAGGAGUACCUGAAGCGGGAUGUACCAGAGGAUGACUAUGAAGCGCUGUGCGAAGCGGGGAAGCGCGUGAAGGAGCUCUGCGCAGAAAGGAAGCUCCACAUCCUCAUGUUGCAGCCAUUCGCAAAUUUUGAGGGGUGGCCAGAGGGCUCAGAGGAGCGCAAGAACGCGUUUGAGCGUGCGAAGGGGUGGAUUAGGAUCAUGCAGGCAGUCGGUACGGAUAUGCUCCAGGUCGGCUCAACCGACUCGGACAACAUCGACACCUCGCCCGAGAGGAUCGUCGAGGACCUACGACAACUCGCCGACAUGCUCGCCAUCCACAAAUUCCGCCUCGCCUACGAGAACUGGUGCUGGUCGACGCACGCGUCCACCUGGCGCGCAGUGUGGGACAUCGUGUGCAGGGUCGACCGCCCCAACGUUGGCCUCUGCCUCGACACCUUCCAAACCGCCGGCAGCGAGUGGGCGGACCCGACGACCACGUCCGGGCUCAUAGAAGACGUACCAAGGAACGAGCUGGAGCGCCGCUUCCGCGCGAGCCUGGGGGACCUGGCGCGGGAGGUGCCAGCGGAGAAGAUAUAUCUGCUGCAGAUCUCGGAUGCGUAUAAGCCCGCGAAGCCCCUCAGCAAGGCCUUCGACGAGGAGAAGCGACUGCGCCCGAGGCGCGUCUGGAGCCACGACUUCCGGCCGAUACCCUUCGCGGGGGGUUAUCUGCCGGUUGUGGACGUCACGAAGGCGGUUCUUGCAACGGGUUUCAGAGGGUACUUCUCGAUUGAGGUCUUCGACAGCGGGGCGGCGGGGACCGUGAAGGAGUAUGACCUGGAUGAUUUCGCGCGGAAGGCGAUGGAGAGUCAUCGGAAGCUACUGGAGGCUUGCGCAGGCGGUGCCGAUGGCAUGCAAGCCUGGGUGUGACAAACUAUGUGAAAGCGGUACACUGUUGUCUAGCGUCGAAAGAUUUCCACCAAUCUCUUCGUAAAGACCCUACCUCAAUGGCAUGCCUUCGGCUGUCGCGCAAGGAUACGAUGUAUCUCACUGG